UUUGGGGUGAUCUCAACCUUCGCGAUAAAUUUAGAUAGACCUGGAUGCCACCACCGAGAAUAUCGGCCGCACAUGGAGCCACAGAACAGACAUGACGCAAAGGCCAUCCUGAAAAAAGAUUUAGCUAGCCUCCACAGCGAUAUCCAGUCGGCCACAAGCGUGAGCACUGUUAAGCGGGCUUUGGCAGAACCUUUGGCACUGUUUUUCGAUGCCCCAGAAGCUGUAGACUUUCUGACUAAUGGGGUUGGCACCUCACUGACCACCGUGUUGGCUGCAUCAAAAUACUUCAGCAACAUACCUAUAGAAGCAGUGGAUCUAUACCGAGACAUCUUUUUCCGUACCUGUAUUGCUCAGCACUUUGAGUUCCUGCUAAGAAAUGUUGCCGUGAGCUGGCUUCCUUGUUUUUCGGAACAGGAGAUAAAAACCCUAUUUGAAAGCUACUUCAUUCCUGAGGCGCUGGACUCCUCAGAGGGCACACAUCAUGUGCCCCCACCAUCUUUAGAUCUACUGGGUACCCUCCGCUUCCUCUCUGACGCCGCAGCUUGGACAGAGCACACGCACGUGGUAAAAGUCGCUGUAGACCUUUUGCAAAAGCUGUUAACAGCUUGUCGUGUCGAGGAGUUUUAUGUUGCGGAGAUGACAUUGCAGACUGGUGGCAUGGAAGCUGCUCGCAUCGAGCGAUGGCAGCAAUAUGUAGCCAUUAUCACGUUUCUGCCAGAUAAACUCGCCAAUAUCUUUGGCGUUCGUCCACCAGAAUUUUUUCGCACAGCAUCUUUCAUUCGCUUGAUCGCGGCUCAGAUCGGUUCGGCCGUGAGCUCCAUAGCUUCAAGGGAACCAGUUGAUGUGCCCGCCAUAUACCUCACCGAACUGAUCGAGAAAUUGGUGCGGUUAGGAUACGCAGAACACCUAAUGGAAUCUUGGAUGCCUUCCGUUAAAGAGAGCGUCUGUCAACCUGACGUAGCCCUUCUGUGGAAUGCGAUAUUCCAGAAACUGGGACGUUCCGAAUCCGAGCACAUGCUGUUGCAGCUGCUGGAGCGCUUGCGAAAACUUUUAUCUAUCGGGGUCGAUCUGACGACACACCGAGAAGCAAGCAAGUACAUGCUCACAUGGAUAGGAAGCCAAACGAUGGAGCGAAAUCCGCACAUCCGGGACUUGCUCAGUAGGAAGUUCCUUUAUGACUCGGUCUUGCACGUGGAUAUUUUACGAAUCUUGGUUCGAUGCAUGGCCGAGUUUCCCAGAUCAUCUGCUCUGUCGGUGGCCUCCAAUAUUCGAAGGCUCGUCGAAACUUGGACGGAUAAGAGUUUUCUCAGAUAUGCGUCUUACGAACAACAUGCGCAUGUGACAUACUUAAUUCUACUGUCUCUCAGUUAUCUCACCCCAGAAGAUGCCAGUGGGGCAGAUUUGCUCGGCAUUUUUCUAACUGGGAUGACAGCAUAUUUAGAUAACAGCGAUCCUCACAUCCGUAAACGAGGAAUGGUCACUGCAGAGUGCUUAUCAAAGAUUCUCAACUCGAGCGCGUUGGACUUUGGCCUAGAAGCUGACGAAGAGGUGACAUUUUUGAGAAGCCUGGCGGAUCCAACUACACGCGAUGGACCCAUGGGAGGGAUGAGUACGUCAAGCGCUGAGGUGUUCGACGUCGAUUUGGAGCUGCCAGAAAAAAUCAGCGAUGCAGAUCAUGAUGAAGACGAUCCGGAUGAAGUUGUCUUGCCUUCUCACAAUCAGGAAGGCGAUGAGUCCUCUCCCGAUUCCGACGACGAUUUGCCCGCAUACGAUCUGCGAGAACCAGAUGUGAGGGAUGCGGAUGCCAAGAUAUUGAAGCCGCCCAUGUACAUUCGGGAGUGCCUCGACGGGCUAAGGGCCGAAGAUGAUCCCGAACAGCUGAAUAUCUGUUUGGCACGGGCGAGCGAACUUAUUGAGCGCGCUCCCCAGGAUGACCUUGAUCAUAUCGCAUAUGACCUUGGGUCAAGGCUCAUCCAUCUGCAUAAUAACUUUGAUCUAACUGAUUUCGACAAGAACCGGAUGCGUGCGCUUGUGUCCUUGUUGGUUCGAAUGCCUCACAAAAUCUCUAGGUACUUGAUUGACCAGGUGUACGAGCGCCAGAUCAGCAUCCAGCAGCGACUGGACAUCCUAACCUGUUUAGCGUUGGGCGCAACAACAUUGAGCGGGUUGCAGAGUAUCGGGGCUGGCGAGAAAUCGGCUCAAGCGCCUUCCCAGGACAUGCAGGUUUCAGCCUCUCGGGGCAGGCCAAGACCCAAACCCGUCAGUCGCUCGAACAUGUUUGGACCGGUCGCGACAUCCUUCUUGUUUCCAUUGUUGACCAAAGUACACGAGAUGAUUGAGCGACCGAAUGCUAGUGGCGGGCCCUUUGGAACCCUUCUGUUGACUAAAAUCAUCAUCACCGCUGGCGUCUUCGUCUAUUGUGCUCAAAACACGGUAGACAACCGCCGACUGACACGAGACUACUUUAAUUGCCUAUGGGCUCUCCGAUACCUUCCCCUCAACGAUACCACAGGGCUCUUGAAUGCGAUCUUGGUUGGGUUCAAUGUUAUCCUGGAGGCGCUGCCUCAGUCAAUCCUUUUGGACGAAUUUGGAGGGCCUACUAAUGAACUAGGGCAGCUUAGAGAGUGGGUUUCAGAUGUGCUUGUGACGGAUUCAAGGAGGGAGAAUUUACAAUUGGCAGCCUCGAUUUUGUCCUCUAGUCGGAAUUUAUUCGAUAGCCAGCGGGAGCUGUUUUGGGGUGAUGCGCUAUAAAAUAGACGCGAACUGGGUGCGUUGUGUGUAUGUACCUAUCAUUGAAGGAAACUUGUUUGCAUGGCACUAUGGUAGAUAAAGAAUAAAGUUGCUGUUACCCA